AUGACUUCUGCUGCCGAGAUUAAGAAGCCACCAGUGGCCCCCAAACCAAAGUUUGUUCUGUCAACUAAUAAGCCAGCUCCACCUCCUGUCGCACCCAAACCCGAGAUCUUGGUUUCUAGUGUUCCACAGUCAACAAAGAAAACCAAACCAUCCAUAGCUCCAAAACCAAAAGUUCUGAAGGCCUCACCUGUCCAGGACAUCACACAGUCAACAUCAAGGAAAAUCAUCGUGAACCUGGAAGAGCAUACACAGGAAUUCCCUGAAAGUACUGACAACUCGAACUGCAAAAACAAAGGGCAUCCGAGCAGUGAUUAUAUUUUACCAGUGUGUUCCUGCCAUCCUGGAUGUGACCAUAAGCUUGAGAACAGAGGGAAUUUGUGUGUCAAGCAGCUUGUCUUAGGACCCCUGGAAAUGCAUGAGAAUUUAGAAAAUAACAAAAUUGGUGAGUCCCCUUCAGCUGUAAAAAAUCAGCAUAAAUGCGAUUCUGUUGGUGAAAGGGUCAAGAGCCAGGGUAAAGUAGUUUUAAAGGCAAGCAUCCUCGAAGAGAAGCUCAAAGAUGUUUUAACACAACGAACAUCACCCUUUCUUUUGCCCCGGAAGCACAGAUCCACAGACAGUCCAGAAAUGAGUGAUGGCUGUAAUUCCCACAGACAGUUCAGCAUUGAAUUUGCAGACUUGUCACCGUCCCUGUCCAGCUUGGAAAACGUUUCUAAUCAUCACCCUUGCCACCUACAACUUCCUAGCACUGAAUUUCAAAAUUUUGAAACUAAUCAGAAUGACAGUGAAAAAAGCAACACUUGCUCUCAUUCAUCUGAACAAGAAGCUCUAGAAAAUGGGAAAAGGAGUCCUUUCUUGUCUUCAGAUGGAGAUAGUAAGAAAUCAGAAGCCAAAGACCUUGGUCCCUUGGAAAUCCACUUAGUGCCGUGUACUCCCAAGUUUCCAACUCCCAAGCCCAGAAAAACACGUGUUGCACGCCUCUUACGCCAGAGACAUAUAGAUACUCCGGGUGAAAGUACUGAAGAACCAGAGAAUGUAGACAGCUUGCCUCAUCUUUUCGAAGAUAGUUUGAAAAACAAUAAAAUCAGUGUCUUUCAUCAGACUGCUUUGUGUAACCAGGAACAGGUGGACAAAGUGAAGCCAGAAAAUAAAGGUGAAUUGAAUGUGGACCUCACCGGUGACAGACAAAACUCGGUCUAUUCACAGAAAGCCAUGUGUCCUGAAACAUUUUCCUCUGAAAAAAUGUCACCUCCUUUAGAAACAGACUCUAACUUGAGUUCUGACAACAAGUCAGGAGAUAGUUCUGGUAUGUCACUUGCCGAGGACAAAGGAACCAAUUUUAUAAGAUGCAAUACUCUAUCUAUGAGCCUGCCCAAGCAGCUCAAAUUAACCUGCAGCGAACAUUUGCCUACUGCGUCUAAUCCGGGAGUGUCUGCCCCUCAAAUGCAAAAGGAAUCUGUGAUAAAAGGUGAAAGUUCCUCAAAGGUUGUCCCCAAGAAACCUCAAAGACACAGUUUGCCUGCUGCCGGAGUGCUUAAAAAGGCUGCCUCUGAGGAGCUUGUGGAGAAAAGUUCUUACCCCUCAAAUGAAGAAAAAGAUUCAGAGAAGGGUCUAGAAAGAGAUCACGUGCAGCAUUUAUGUGCCCCAAACAAUGGUAUGUCAUCCUCCUUUGAUAUGCCUAAACGGGCUUCAGAGAAGCCAGUGUGGAAAUUACCUCAUCCCAUUAUCCCCUUCUCUGGGACCCCAGAAUCCUUAAAGUCCGUCACCAUAUCCUCAAACAGUGAGACUUCCAGUGCCCUGACCAAGCCUAGAGCAAAAUCAUUAUCUGCUAUGGAUGUGGAAAGGUGCACUAAGCCUUGCAAAGACUCUCACAAGAAGAGCUCUUUAAAGAAGUUGCUCAAUAUGAAGCUGUCCAUCUGUUUCAUGAAGAGUGACUUCCAGAAAUUUUGGUCCAAGAACAGCCAGCUUGGAGACACAACCUCAGGCAGCCUGGCAGGUGGGGAGCAAAAAGGGAGUGAGAGUGAUUGGCAUGGUUUGUUGGUAGAGAAGAGAAGUAAACCCAUCAAGGCAUAUUCGGCAGAUAACUAUAGUCUGGAGUCCCAGAAGAAGAGGAAGAAGUUGCGGGGCCAUACCAGUGCAGCUAAUGGACCAAGAGCCGAGUCUCUGGAUGACCAAAUGCUCUCCCGGGAGUCGUCCUUGCAGGCACUUUGCAAAUCUAUUACCAGCGACUGUGCACCGGAGUAUGAAAAUAUACGCCAUUAUGAGGAAAUACCAGAGUAUGAGAACUUGCCAUUUGUUAUGGCUAUGGGGAAAACUCCCGAGUUGGAACAGCAGAAUUCCAGCAGUGUGGAGGACACUGAUGCAAGUGUGUAUGAGGUAGAGGAGCCGUAUGAAGCUCCAGAUGGCCAGCUCCAACUUGGACCCAGACACCAGCAUUCCAGCAGUUCUGGAGCAUCCCAGGAGGGACACAGUGAUCUGGACCUUGGUCUUGGUGACCUUCCUUCAGAUGAAGAGGAAGUCAGCAACAGUUCAGAUGAAGAUGAUGUCAGCUCUGCUUCUAGUAAAGGGGAGCCUGAUCUGCUGGACGAUAAACAGGGUGAAGAUACUGGAAUGAAACGUAAAGUCCAUCAUAUUGCCAAAGAGAUCAUGAGCUCAGAAAAAGUGUUUGUGGAUGUGUUAAAACUUUUGCAUAUUGAUUUCCGGGGUGCAGUAGCCCAUGCUUCCAGGCAACUUGGGAAACCAGUGAUUGAGGACCGGAUCCUAAAUCAGAUCCUGUACUACUUGCCUCAGCUGUAUGAGCUCAAUCGGGAUCUCCUGAAGGAGCUGGAGGAAAGAAUGUCAAACUGGACGGAACAACAAAGAAUUGCUGAUAUCUUUGUAAAGAAGGGACCAUAUCUAAAAAUGUAUUCCACAUACAUCAAAGAAUUUGAUAAGAAUAUAGCUUUGUUGGAUGAGCAGUGCAAGAAAAACCCAGGUUUUGCUGCUGUUGUUAGAGAAUUUGAGGUGAGCCCACGCUGUGCUAAUCUGGCCCUCAAGCACUACCUGCUCAAGCCGGUUCAGAGGAUUCCCCAGUACAGGCUGCUGCUAACAGAUUAUUUGAAAAAUCUCUUAGAAGACUCUGGAGAUUACAGAGACACUCAAGAUGCCCUUGCUGUUGUUAUAGAGGUAGCCAACCACGCCAAUGACACCAUGAAGCAAGGAGACAACUUCCAGAAACUUAUGCAAAUUCAGUACAGCUUAAAUGGACACCAUGAAAUAGUUCAGCCUGGACGGGUUUUUCUCAAAGAAGGAAUUCUGAUGAAGCUGUCUCGGAAGGUCAUGCAGCCCCGAAUGUUUUUCCUGUUUAAUGAUGCCCUGUUGUAUACAACACCAGUGCAGUCUGGGAUGUACAAACUGAACAACAUGCUAUCAUUGGCUGGAAUGAAGGUCAGAAAACCCACCCAAGAAGCAUAUCAGAAUGAACUUAAGAUCGAAAGUGUAGAACGUUCCUUCAUCCUCUCAGCCAGUUCUGCCCCAGAAAGGGAUGAAUGGCUCGAAGCCAUUUCCAGGUCAAUAGAAGAGUAUGCCAAGAAAAGAAUCACAUUCUGUCCUAGUCGGAGUCUUGAUGAGGCUGACUCAGAAAAUAAAGACGAGGUUAGUCCUCUUGGAUCUAAGGCUCCCAUCUGGAUUCCUGAUACCAGGGCCACCAUGUGUAUGAUCUGCACCAGUGAAUUUACUCUCACCUGGAGACGACAUCACUGCCGGGCCUGCGGAAAGAUUGUAUGCCAAGCUUGUUCAUCAAACAAGUAUGGCUUAGAUUACCUGAAAAAUCAGCCAGCAAGAGUAUGUGAACACUGUUUCCAAGAACUGCAGAAAUUAGAUCACCAGCACUCUCCUAAGUUUGGAUCCCCUGGAAAUCACAAAUCUCCUUCCAGCGCCUUAUCAUCAGUCUUACAUAGUAUUCCAUCAGGGAGGAAACAGAAAAAAAUCCCAGCUGCUCUUAAAGAAGUAUCAGCAAACACAGAAGAUUCCUCUAUGAGUGGCUACUUGUACAGAUCAAAGGGCAAUAAAAAACCUUGGAAACACUUGUGGUUUGUCAUAAAAAAUAAAGUACUAUAUACAUAUGCUGCAAGUGAGGAUGUGGCAGCUUUGGAGAGUCAACCUUUACUAGGCUUCACAGUCACUCAAGUCAAAGAUGAGAAUUCAGAGUCUAGAGUGUUUCAGUUACUGCACAAAAACAUGCUAUUUUAUGUAUUCAAAGCAGAUGAUGCUCACUCAGCUCAGAAGUGGAUAGAAGCAUUUCAAGAAGGCACAAUAUUGUAG